AUGAAGGCAGCUCUACUCUUCGCGGUUGCCCUGGCAGCAAGUGUCAAUGGCGCGGUAAUUGAAGGGAGACAACCUGCUAGCUGUGGGUUGGAUGCCUUUGGAGACCAUACGGCUGAGGCAUCGUUGUUCUGUAGUAGCCUCUUAAAGACUGGCACAGCUAUUCAGACUGAGACAUAUACUGCUCGCGCAACUACAACCACUAAAAAGACUGUGUGGACGACAUUGUACCCUCCUUCCACGGAACCUCCAAGCACGACCCCGGCUCCACCCUCAUCAACCCCGAAGUCGACUCCGAAGCCCUCUAGCUCAACACCCAAGCCGCCAUCGUCAACUCCACCACCCACACCGGUUACCUCAACUCCAGCUCCGUCUUCAACCGCCCCUUGCGGUCUUGUCGGAUACACCAAGACUACUGCCGCCUACUACUUCGACUCUACGGGUACUAAGAACAACUUCACGUCUUGCCAAGCCGCCUGUAAAGCAGACACGAAGUGCAAGAGCUUUGGUUAUGGAGAAGCGAACUGCAUGCUUUUUGACAUCUCAUCAGCCGAUAACGUGAACUACAACCCCAUGUCUCCCUACACCUUCUACGAUAUUACCUGCCCGAAGGAACUCCCCGUCCGGAAGCGCAACCCUCAAAUCCAGAUCUCGAUUGGUCCGGGAAUUGGAAAGCCUGCCGACAUCACAUCCGCCUGCUCGUGUCUUAUUACCUCCGCGCCGGCAGACACGACGAGAACUGUAACAGUUACGAUAACGAGCGUGAGGGUUACGAAGACUGAAACCGUGACUCGAACUGUUAGCAUUCUUCCUGAUAGACGGUAGCGCUUAAAUAAUGUAGAUAGCAUGCGGUAAUUUGAAGAGCCAAAUGCGCAAUCUAUGGGUGGGUGUAAAAUGCGUCGGAGUGUGGGCUUGAAGAUUG